CUUUUAUUGCUUAUUAUUGCAAUCCCCGCUUCUAGCAUGAUUUGCAAUUUUGCAGACCCGCCUGCAGCGAAUGAGCCAUCACCUGAACGAACGACACUAACUCUGAAGGAUCCGCUCUUCAAUCAUGGCAUGGAUGCUAUUGUUGCGAGUCUUACUGCCCUGCGCGCUCGCACCAGGACCCACCUCGAAGCACGAGUCAAAAAACCCACGAGUUAAAACGGGUAACACGGCGAUCUGCAUUCCAUGUUUCGCACCCGUAUGGGUAUUCGAAGGGAGGUCAUUCAUUCAACUUACUAGCGGCCUAGAACGGCAGUUACUGAAAUCGGCAAGUCAUGCUUGGAGAAGGAAUGACCGGGGAAGGAGGUACCAACGCACCGAUGAUAAGUUGUCAUGGCCAGGAGCUGACUAUCAUUCAUAUCGUGUGGUCCAUGUAACAAUGUCAGUCAAAAAGAACAGCAGCCAGGGCCAUUUGGCCGUGGUGUAUGGCGGAUUCCCCCAAGGCAUGGGUCAGUCACUACGCGAGACUAUUUGUAGUCUUUCAAGGAAGGUGAUUCAAACAGAAAUUGGGGGACAGGUGCGGCCGUGUGCUGUUACGUGGUUUAGAACAAUUUACCUUUGCAGAUUACGGCGACGGCAAGCUCCUUAUGGUGUCGUAGUAGGGCCAUUAUCAAUCGAUGAAGUUUCAGAAGAUAUUUACAUGCUGGUGUAACGCCUAAAGAAAAUCAACUUGAUUCCACACUCGUCCACCACAAUUUGACUUGAAGUGCCAGAUCAUGGGCUUGAGUUUCCGGGAUAUUGCAUUUAUCACUGCCCUUUGUGGUGUCACGACUUUGAAUGUUUUCCUCGUCGGCGCAGUCACAGUUGCACUCCCCACUAUUGG